GACGCGGGGCGCUGCUCACCCGGCUGCGGAGGCACGGAGAGCCCCUGUCCGCGCCGUCACUCGCCCGUAGCCCUGGGCUGCCCCGAGCUGUGCGGCGCGGGGCACGGGGCUGCUCGGCCCGCUGCGAAGCGCUGCCUGUUCCCGCAGCCGCUGCAGCAGCCGGGCGCCGGUGCCGGUCGCUCCCGCGGCCCCGACUCGGGGGUCUCCCGCAGCGAGCUGGCGUCGCUUAUGAAACGUGGCUUGAAUCCGCCGGAGCCCCGGGGCGAGGCAGCGCGGAGGGGCGGUCGGUGGGUUGGGGUGAGCCGAGGAUGGAUUUCGGCUGGAACUCCGGGGCAGCGGCGGUUCCUGCCUAGGGGCCGCUCCCGGGGAGCCUCCGGCACGAGGCCGGGUCCCGCUCUGGCAGCGAAAGCAGCGGGACCGCGGCCCCGGCUCGCAACCGGGACCCGAGCGGGCCGGCCCCGGGCACCCCCGGGCUCCUGGCCGGGGGAGGAGAUGUCCGUGAGUUCGCGAUUUUUCACAUCCAGCCGCACCCGACCCGGCCGCUUUUCCUUCCUGCUGGAAGUAAGAAAGAGAAGAGGUGGCGUGUGUGCUCGGUGCAGGAGCACACGCACGCCCUGUGGGUUAAGUCAAAAUGAAUUAUUUUAGUGGGCUGUGCCUCAUGUUCACUAAGCGGCUUGAAAGAGUCGAUCUGUAUCUCAUAUUUAGGCUUUUUCUUAGUUGCUUGCCCUCCUCUUUGUUGUAAAGGGAGCAGUACUAGAAAUUUACUUUUGUGUCAGAUCUGGCUGUUUUCCUCUGGAGUGGAAGAGUUGGUCGCUGUAGCAAGCAAUGUGGCCUUCCCCCUGUACAAAAGAGUGGAGACAUGAGUGUUCAUUAUCAGCUUUCAUUUCUGAGGAUUUUUAGUCGUGUUUUCCUGUCAAAAUGCAUUGAGGUCCUCAGACAGCUGGAGCAGAUUUUACUCUGCAGAAAACCCCUGCUGUCUUUAUGGUUCUCGGGCGCUUUGGCUGUCUGGGUGGAUCCAGGCACUCUAACACCCUCAUUAAUAAUAAAAUAAUGAAUGACACCACUUCCAGUGCUAUCUCAUCUCUUUUCCCCACUUAAUAUGGUGGGGAAGUGGUGCAACUAUAUGAUAAUGGUCUGGAAGCAUCUGUGCGUGUAUAAUGAGUGUAUAUUAUAAAAUUUGGGCCAAGUGUUGAUUUUGAUUAUUGCAAGAAAAGCAGCUGUGACUUGGAAAAAAUCCAAUUAGAUAAAAAGGCUUGAAAAUCUUAUUAGCUAAGUUAAUUACUUAUUUUAAGGAAUGGCUUUUCAUGAUGUCAACUAACUGAUGGUAUAGGUAGAAGCUUCCACUGUACCAUUGCUAUGCAUUAGUAUUUUCUAUUACAGUUCCAAAUGCUUUGUAAGCAAGGGUAUUUGCAUGUUCCCUCUGUCAUGUCCUCAAAGCCUGUAGGUGAGGUGAGAAAACAGUAUCUGUGGAAUAACUUCUCUUACUUGUACGGUCAAAAUUAAUUCACCCUUUUCCAGCAAGGAAAUUCCAAUUAUACGUUCUUACUUGGACUAUGAGAAGCCGGAUUCUUCGGUACAUGGAACGUAGUGCUGCGAAUUGUCCCGUAAGCCUUUUGUAAUUAGGUGCAUUUUGGCAUCUGUUACUGUCAUGUCCCUGGCUCUCCUGAAAAUUGUAUUUAAAUUUGUGGUUAUUGCUAUUGCGAGCUCUGCAUAACACCUCUGAAUUUGAUUUUUUCCACUUACUUGUGUUUUGGGGAAUCACUGGACAAGUUUUUAGUGAACUUCAAUGCUGUUUUAAGUGCCAAAAUGUAGCAGUAGUUCGGUAGUUAGCAGCAAAAGUGACAGUCUCCACCUGUCCAGCAACAGGCAGGAAUUGUUGUUGUCCCACUCUUGAUUGCACAGGUGCAGUCACACCUUGAGUGCUGCAUGCAGUUUUGGGUGCCUCAGGAUGAGGACAUAGCGCUGUUAGACUGGGUGCCCUGCCAGAGGAGAGCAGGCAGGUGGAUGGAAGCUCUCAAGGGUAAGAGUUACCAGAAGCAGCUGAGGUCUCUCAGCUCAUUCAGCCUAGUUCAGAGGAGACCUCAUCCAAGCCUGCAGCUUCCUCAAGCAAGGCAGUGGAGGGGCAGGUGCUGAUCUCCUCUCUCUGGUGACUGGUGAGAGGAUAUGAGGAAAUGGAAUGAAGCUGUGCCAGAGCAAGUUCAGUCUGGACAUUAGGAAAAGGUUCUUCCCAGAGAGGGUGGUCAGUCACUGGAACAGGCUCCCCAGGGAAGUGGUUACAGCACCAAAUGUGUCCGAGUUCAAGCAGCAUCUCAGCAGCACUUGAAGGACUCAUAAGGGAUUUAUCAGUUAAUUGGUACCACAAUAUUCCAAAACAUUUAACCUCUCCUCCUAAUACCAACAACUUAUUAACAAGACAAAAGCCUCCAACUUAACUGCAGAGCAUUCUUUAGCUUUAUUUUUUCAGAAUAUUCUUCACUGAGUUGUUAGGCAUCAUGAGAACUCCUAGGUCCAUUCCAACCUGAGAUACUCUGUGAUUCAUUGGCAGUGCAAACCUCUGCAUGUGAUGUGCUCCAGGGCCCUCACCACCCCAGCUGGGCUUUGCUGGCCCUCAAAGUGAGGGCAGAGAGCUGAAGCAGGCACCUUCACGUGGGUGCCUGGUGGAGGGGCGUGACACACCCCUUGCCCAGUGGGCUCCAGCCUUGCUGCUGCAGCCCAGGGUGCAGUUGGCUGCCCUGGGGCUCACAGCUGCCUCACCACCAGCUUUCUCCCCACCAGAGCCCAAAUGCCAUUUCUGGAAAGUUGUUUUUCGUUCAGCCCCAGCCUUUCCUGCUGCAUGUGGCUAUUUCAUCCCAUGGGCUUGUGGCUGAGGUUGAUGACUUCAUGAGAUAGGUCCCUGUCAGCCCAUUCUCCACCAGCUUGUCUUGCUGCAGCCCUGCAGUGGCCAUGCUUCCCCACAUUUGCAGAGGACACCAAGCUUGUGGUUCUUUUUUAUCGCUGUCAGUAGUAAAGAGUUGUGUUAGUAACGAUUGGUAUUGAUCCCUGAGGGACGUUGCUGGUGGUCAGCCGUUGUUGGACCUUGGACUGCUCAUUGCAAUGCUUCCAACACAGCAGUCUCUGACUGGAAGUGCCUGCUGGUAGCAAUGAUAUUAAUCAGCGUUUGUAUGAUUUAAUUUUGGAAAUAUUAGCAUUCUUGAAGUCUGAAACACAUCUUCAAAGAUUACCAGCUUUUUAGAGAGGCACUGGCGUGAUCUUCACUUGGACUACUUCAGUUUAUCUGAAUGAAGCCUGUAUAAUUAACAGAUAGGCAAAACAUAAUUGAUACUAAGACCCAGACAUCGCCACUGCUAAAUGAGCCACUAUCAGUGGAAAUGCAGAUGAGCACCAGUGACAAGUGACUUCCUUGUAGCUUUGAGUUUGCCUCUGUGAGCUUUGUUUUCCUGGUUACCGAAGUGUAGAACCUGUGGAUGAGGAGCUGACAGCAGGAGUCACGGAUCCUGACCUAAAUACAAAAUAUAGUUGCUGGAAUGUGUUUGAGGGAAGAAAGGUGAGAUUAUUGUACAUUAUUGACCUAAAAUCUCUCUUAGCUGUUUCUCCUUACAGUGCAGCAAGGGUGCAAGCAUUUAAUACGAGACUAUAUUCAAGCAUUCAAGUGAGAUUGACUUUUCUGUGACCACAGGUGUACCCUGACUCAGCCUUGAUUUUCUAGCGGUAUGAAAACCUGGCAGCAGUGGCAAAAUUAACACAGACUGAGCAAUUUUCCAUAUAUCAUCAAGAUCUCCUCUAGUAAACAGGAGUACUUGCUAAGUAGGCACUGUUCAACUUUCUAGUGAGCAUUUCUAAAUGAUAAAACAAAUUACCAGCAGUGCAUAUUAUAUUUCAGAGUCUCAGCUGUCAAGAAAAAAGCCAUCAAGCUAUAUCUGUUGCUAUAGUAGCUGGUUUUCAGAUCAAAGACAUCAUUCUCUGGAUCAGUGCAUGUUCUUCUUUUAGUCUGAGUCUACCUUCAAAUGUGUGCUCUUGCAAAGCCAGAGACUGACUGAUCGUCUCUCUUUAAUGAGAUUAUAUCUGCUCAGUGCACAUGUUUAUAAGCCAUUUCACAACUCACAGUAUAAAGUUCAGGCUAAUGUAUAACUGAUUUUUGACAGUGCUUGUCUGCCAGUAGGGAAGCUAGUUACUCUACAGAAAUACUAGUGUACUUCCAGAGAAGAGAGAAGCUCAGUGGAAAGAGAGGAUAGACAAUUGUCAGGUUAAAUGCAAUGCAGUGUACAGUCAUUCAUGGCUUUAAUGGUGGGGACCAGCUGCUGCCUUGGCUCAGAGACCUGACAUACAAGAGCAGAGGUGGAUUCACCAAUGAACUUGAGAAACCCACAUGAUUUGGUAAUACUAAUGAGACAAGAAACAACAGUUAACUACCUCAAAGAACUGGAGAAACAGUUAGUUGCUCAAAAGAUUCAUAUAGAGGAAAAUGAGGACAGAGACACAGGGCUGGAACAAAGGCAUAAUAAAGAAGAUCCAGACUGCAUUAAAGCAAAGGUGCCCCUGGGGGACCUAGAUUUGUAUGAUGGCACAUACAUCACCUUAGAGAGCAAAGAUAUUCGCCCUGAAGACUAUAUAGACACAAAGUCCCCAGUGCCUCCAGACCUGCAGCAGCCAGACUGUACAAAAGUUCUAGAUCUUCCAUACAGUAUUCAUGCUUUUCAGCACUUACGGGGUGUCCAAGAAAGGGUUAAUCUUUCUGCACCCCUGUUACCUAAAGAAGAUCCAAUUUUCACAUACUUAUCACGGAGACUGGGAAGAAGUAUAGAGGAAAUAGGUCACCGUAUUUAUGACGGGCUUAUGAAGAACUCUUCUUCCUGGGUACUCUAUAACAUGGCUUCUUUUUACUGGCGAAUAAAGAACAAGCCAUACCAAGUUGUAGAAUGUGCCAUGCGUGCCCUUCAUUUUUCUUCAAGGCAAAAUAAAGACAUUGCACUGGUAAAUUUGGCAAAUAUUUUGCACCGGGCCCACUUCUCUGCAGAUGCAGCUAUUGUGGUUCAUGCAGCUCUGGAUUACAGUGACUUCUUUACCAGCUAUUACACUUUAGGAAAUAUAUACGCAAUGCUUGGAGAGUACAACCACUCAGUCCUGUGUUAUGAUCAUGCUCUACAGGCCAAACCAGGGUUUGAGCAAGCUGUAAAAAGGAAGCAUGCUGUCCUGUGUCAGCAAAAACUUGAGCAAAAAUUGGAAGCCCAGCAUAGAUCACUUCAGCGAACAUUAAAUGAAUUAAAGGAAUAUCAAAAGCAGCAUGACCAUUACCUUAGGCAACAAGAUGUUUUAGACAAGUACAAGCUCAUCCAGGAGGAACAAAUCUUGAGGAACAUCAUUCAUGAGACACAGAUGGCAAAAGAAGCUCAAUUAGGGAACCAUCAGAUUUGCAGGUUGGGCAACCAGCAGCAUAGCUUGCACUGUCAGUGGGAUCAGCCUGUUCGUUAUCACCGCGGAGACAUUUUUGAAAAUGUGGAAUAUGUUCAGUUUGGUGAAGACUCUUCAACUUCUAGUAUGACAUCCAUGAAUUUGGAUCUUCAUGCAAACCAAAGUGUUCACAGCCAGUCCUUGCAGUCUUCCCCUGUGGCUCGUUCUGUUGUUUCAGUGUGGAGUGUGGAACCCAGCAGAGACAAACAGCAUAUUCUUUGGCCUCAGCGGUCAGAAUGCAUGAAAUCUUUCCCCAGAAUUCCAGACCCAGAAGAACUGCCAACAUAUUUCUUGCCUCCAGAAAACAGGGGAUUCAGAAUCCAGCCAUUACUGAGUAUUCCAGGAGAUACUGUUGAGCAUGGAGAAGCACAUGCACCAGAUUGUUCUUCCAUUACUGGUGCUCGUAAUAAUGAAUCUCUAAACAUCCUGGUCAAGGAACUAGACACUAAUCUAGAUUUGAAAUUCAGGAUGCCAGACAAUCAAGCAAGACAGGUUUUGCAUUCUCGUAUCAACAAUGAAACUAUUACACUGGCGAAGAUAGGAGUGUUUCUAGAUCAUGCCAUGAAGAAGCCAGAAGAUCCUCUGUGGCUUGUGCUUAAUGAAGCUGGAUUGUACUGGCGUGCAGUUGGAAAUGGCACCUUUGCUAUCACCUGUUUGCAAAAAGCAUAUAAUUUGGCUCCACAUGAGUAUCAGGACAUCCCUCUGGUCAACCUUGCUAACCUCUUGUUCCAUUAUGGUCUUCAUUUGGAUGCCAGCAGGCUCCUGCUGAAGGCUUUGGCCAUCAAUGCCUCUGAGCCCCUGACUUUUCUGAGCCUAGGAAAUGCAUACCUGGCUCAGAACAACAUUAGUGGAGCACUGCAGGCCUUCAGACAUGCGCUGGAUUUGACAGCCAAGUGCUUGGAGUGUGAAAGCAGCCUGAAGAUGAUCCGCUGUUUGCAGUUUUAUCCUUUCCUCUACAACAUCACCUCUUCUGUGUGCAGUGGUCACUGUCAUGAGAAAAAUCCAGAUGGCAGUUACGGCAAGGAGAAGUACUUUGAUGACCACUACAAGCCAGCUACAGCAGUGACAGAAGGACGCUCUGAGGGAGGUACAGAAGAUCCAGAAGUCCUUACUCAGAGUUCAGCAAGGGAUCCCUCCUUCUUGAGACUGGAAAACACAGUCACUGCAGAAAGCAAUGGUUCAGAAGGAGUGGAGGGUUUAGAAGAUGAUCAGAUGUCUGAAGAGAUGCUGGCUUUGGUGGAUGAGUUUGAAAAUUCUUGGCCUCAGGAAGCUUUUGAAGGGGCACUGGAAGUAAAAGGUCGUCGAAUGGACUUGCAGGGAAUCCGGGUCCUGAAGAAGGGAUCUCAGGAUGGACUAGCUAGCUCCUGUUUUGGGGACUGUGGUGAUGAUGACGAAGCUGAAUGGAUCACUUUUCAGGUCAAACGUUUAAAGAAACCAAAAGUUGAAAGUUUGGAUCUUCAGGAGCCAGUUGGGAGAAAUGUGGAAGAAGGGACUAAUGCAGAAAAUGAAAACUUUUACCAAACUGCUCUAGAGAUCAGUGGACCAAAGAUACCUUCUCCUGGACCAAUAGGAAAAAGGCGUGACUACCGUAGCCUUGGCUGGCCAAGUCCUGAUGAAUGCCUGAAACUCCGCAGGGUAGAGCUUACAACUGUAGCCAGCACGUGGCUUGCUGUUUCUGCUAAAAACAUUGACAUUACAGAACACAUUGAUUUUGCCACACAGCUGCAGGAACCAGCCAUGGAGCCCCUUUGUAACCCAAACCUCCCAGCCAGUAUGCAUACUUUGGACCACCUGCAAGGUGUCUCUAGUCGGGCCAGCUUGCAUUACACUGGAGAAAGUCAGCUGAAAGAGGUCCUGCAGAAUCUUGGCAAAGACCACUACUCACCACAGUCACUAGAACAAGUUGGCACUCGAAUAGCCAAAGCUUUGGAAAAGAAUCAGACUUCAUGGGUCCUCUCUAGCAUGGCAGCUCUUUACUGGAGGGUGAAAGGCCAAGGAAAGAAGGCAAUUGACUGUUUACGGCAAGCAUUGCACUAUGCGCCCCAUCACAUGAAGGAUGUACCACUAAUAAGCCUAGCAAACAUCUUCCACAACGCCAGGCUCUGGAAUGAUGCCAUCAUUGUGGCUACCAUGGCAGUGGAAAUAGCGCCGCACUUCGUGGUGAAUCAUUUCACGCUGGCAAAUGUCUAUGUAGCAAUGGAGGAGUUUGAAAAGGCCAUGAAAUGGUAUGAGUCAACACUAAAGCUUCAGCCGGAGUUUGCCCCAGCAAAGAACCGAAUCCGCACCAUUCAGUGUCAUUUACUUCUGAAAAAAGAGCGACGGUCUCCUUAGUGAUCUGCAUCUUUCUCUUUUUUAAAAAUGUCAUUAUUCUCUAUUCUGCUCUUAAGUGUGCUAAGAUAAAUUGAUGAAUUGAAAUUUUUAACAAGACUGUUAAAAAGAGAUGGGAUUUGGAUCAAGGGUUCUUUUUUUUUUUUUUUUGUCAAAUAGAGGAGCAUCUUUGGAAAAUAUAUUUCACAGACCAUAAUUUUAAAACAUCCCUGUAAAUAUUAAACCAAGAAACUUCCAUGAGUCCAUGACCACCUGUAACAGGACCUAGGCACUGUUAGUUUUUCCAUAAUGCUCAGAUUGGCAUCAGCAUCCAAAAUAACUUGCUUCAUGUCUUAUAAUCUAAGCCACUGGAAAUGCAAAGCAUACAACUGUACCAAAUACUAAGAAGAGAUAAUCAGCAAUUCAUCCAUGUGAAACUCAUGCUUUGUCCAGUCUUGUUCACUCCAUACCACAUUACCUGCUUUUUUGGAAGGAGAAGAACAGACUUUUAAAUAUUUAUUAAAAAACAUGAGAAACAUGAAGCAUUUUUGGAAUUCUUCAUUUCUGUUGGGGAAUGAGGAGAAGGUAACAGCAGGAACCUAAAGUCAAAGUGGUUUUUAAUCAUACUUGCAGGAAAAAAAAAUGGUAAAAAUCCCAAUAAGAUGUUUUAUAUUUGUCUGUAUAUUCAUAGCCCUCUGCCUCCCUGAGUGGUUCAUUUACUAAUUCUUUGUUCACUGUAUUUCUAGCCGUUUUGGAAUAAGGUGCAAGUUUAUGCUCACCCUGAGCCAUACUUUCAGCUGCCAAGGAGGAGGAGGGACAUGGUGUCAAGGUAUCAACAGCAAAAACAGUCAGGUGGAAGAUUUCCAAAUCAGUUCUGUCUUUGGUUGGUGGAGGACGUGAUUCUCCAGAAUCAAAAAGGGCACAUACUUGAAAUAAAAUAAAUUGUUUAUGAACAACUCACAGCUUCUCCUGUACUGUGUAUGUCAUGCGCCACUCACAAGAGUCCAGGUUAGUCUGGAGGAGCUACAGCCUUUCCUGGGAAGCAGACUGAGCUGGGAGCCAGGAAAGCCUUGGACAAUCCUGAUCAGCCAAUGAUUUCAUGUGUACCCUUGGAAAAUUCCUUGCGCUGCUGUGUCUGACUCUGUUUGGGGCAGAAAGAAGUAAGGAAGAGUGAACUAACUCAGCUGUCAUGUAAGCCACUCUGCAUCUUCUAGUGUUAAACAUGCUUCUUCAUGAUUGUUUUUAAAGAACUAACAAUGCUUAUGAACUUACUGGGUGUUUUUUCUCCCCCAAUAUGUUUCCUGUCUUGUUGAUGCAAAUUAAGAGUAAGUAUGGCAGUGGUUGAAACUGUGACAUCAGUAUAAUUUUUAUAAUACUGGAACUUACUACUUCAUAAAAGAAUCCUUGAAUAUUUUUAUAUAUGACUGAAGAUGAGCAGUUCUAAUGCAAAUUUUACCUGUUUUAUUGCAAGUAAUUUCCGUUUAUCUAGGAAUCCUGACAGAGGUAUGAGCAAAUGCUACUGUUGGGUAGAUUUUUAUUAAAAGUGUGUGAACCUGUCAAA